AUGGAUUCUUUUAAAUUACCUUCACCUGCUCCUUCUGGUUCUACUACUAAUUAUUUCCCCAACAAUAAACGCAAGAAUAGUUCAACCUUUGAUGAUAAUCAGACUGCCUAUAAUAAUAACCACAUUGGUGGUGGUGCUGAUGAUGAGCAUAUAGUGAAAAAUCUAACUAAACCUGAUCAAAUUACUUCAGAAACUGAAUGGCCUCAAUUCAUUCAUCCAGAUGGUGGUAUAAUAAAAAUCACUCCUUGGGGGACAUUACGACAAUUUAUUGAUCCUAAAACUAAUGAAACAAUAACUAAAUUCGAAGAUUGUAGUUUAGAAGAUUAUUCCUUCAAACUGGAAUCAAUUGAAAAAUUAUAUCAAACUCCUAAUACCCCACAAUCAAUAUAUCGUACUGCUGGACAAGAUAAUAUAAUGAAUACCCCUCAGAUUGGUAAUAACAAUUUAAAUAGAUUUACAAUUAGUCCAGGAACUGAAGCUGAAAGUUAUGUUAUAGAAGGAUAUAGACAGCAACAGCUGCAAUUCCACCACCGUGAUUGUUUUGUGCCGGAACACGAGAAUUAUUUUGGAAUGACUGAUGAUACUGCAAAAUUAGAAGAUGAAAUUGAUUCAAGUUUCAAUAUAGAUGAAGAAAUGAUAUAA